GCGGGCGGGCACUCGGGCGGCCGCGGCGCGAUGGAGGCGCCGGCGGAGCUGCUGGCCGCGCUGCCCGCGCUGGCCACCGCGCUGGCGCUGCUGCUUGCCUGGCUGCUGGUGAGGCGCGGGGCGGCCGCGAGCCCCGACCCCCCGGAACCCGCGCCCCCGGAGUCCGCGACCCCGGCCGAGGCCAGCGGGACGGCCGCGCCGCUCGGCCCCUGCGCGGCGGAGCCGGCAGCCGCGCCCGAGGGGCCGGGGGAGCCCAAGCCGCCGGACGAGCCCACGCCGCCGGACGAGUCCGCGCCGCCGGAAGAGUCCGCGGCGGCGCCGGCGGAGGCGGAGGAGCAGGCCGCCGAGGAGAGGCAGGAAAAGGACCUGGAUGGCGUGGAGGGCCCACCCCUGGCAGGACCUGAGGAAGACGACGGGGGAGAGGCCUUCUCCUUCAAAUACAGCCCCGGGAAGCUGAGGGGAAACCAGUACAGGAAGAUGAUGACCAAGGAGGAACUGGAGGAGGAACAGAGAGUUCAGAAAGAACAGCUGGCUGCCAUCUUCAAGCUCAUGAAGGACAACAAGGAGACGUUUGGCGAGAUGUCGGAUGGCGACGUGCAGGACCAGCUCCGGCUCUACGACAUGUAGGCGCCUCCACCCGUCAAGAUGCUGCCACGGCGGGGCCAUGACUCUGCCCCAGCCCGGCCCAGGACCGGAGCCCGUGCCACCGUCAGACUUCUGUAGGCUUCAGUUUAUCUCAUAUACAUAGAUGUAGAGGUAGAUCAUAUACAGAGUUGCUCAGUUCUUGCAAUUUAGGUAUCAUGUCACAGGAAUCAGGACUGUUGUCUUCAGAGAAGAAAAAUCCCUGACUUGCUUGGCUUCUGCCUGCUGGUGAGCUUCCAGCUGUCACAUGGGCUCCCCUCCGAGGCUGUCAUCUGAUCCAAAUUCGACCUUCCGUGCAGACCCUGAGCAGGCAGCGGCCCAGAAGGGCUGGCUCAAAGCCUCAGCAACCCCAGCACAUGGUGUUGAAAGGAUUCAGGGGUGCUGUGGGAUGAGUAUCGGGUCCCACUGCCUGAGCAUCCAGUCUAAUAACACUACACCUUCUUCUUCCUUAGAAGGAUUUCUGGACACUUCUGUAAUUGUAUGGAAGCAAGCGGUAGGGGAGCAUCCCUAAAAAGCAAAAAGUCUGAUUCGAAGACUCACCUUCGAUCCUGGACCAAAGCAACAGUAUCAGAGUUAAGACCCUCUAAGUUUCUCUUAUUUAAGCGUGAGACUUACUUUAUAUAUAAUUAAGACUUCUAUGAGUGCUUAUCACACACCUAGACCUGUGCUAGACGCUGUCAAUGGAAAUAAAAUACACAACACAGUCCUACCUUUAGAGAGAUUAAAGUCGUGUAGAGGGGAGUUCCCUGGCGGUCCAGUGGUUAGGACUCGGCACUUUCACCACUGAGGGUGUGGGUUCAAUCCCUGGUCGGGAAACUAAGAAGCUGCGAGCCGUGGCGCGGCCAAAAAUAAAUAAAUACAUAAAAAUAAAGUCCUUUGGAGAAGCCAGGCAUGUGUGCAGGAAAAGAGAACCUCACAAGUCAGCAUUCAAUAAAAUGCCAAAAUGACCUCACAGAGAGAGCCUGGGCCACCUUAGCACAUCAGUAAAGUUCAGUGAGUCAGUGAGUGCAUGACGACGGAAAUAACAGCGAUUCUUCCAUUCUGCCCAGGUCCUGUAUCUGAUCACCCCACUGGCAGAAAAAUUCAUAGCAACCUGAAUUUAGGAGGGUACGCUAAAGGGACAACCUAAGAAAGUUCUUGAGAAUAUUUUUUAUUUGCUGAAAUAAAACUAAACACGAAAUUAAAAGAAGCAGUGGCGUUUUACGUACCACAAUUUAAUAAUUAUCACGGGAUCACAGUGAACCUUCUUUUAUCCUCUCUUGCUUGU